AUGCAAGAUGAAAGAAAAAGAACAAAAGUGCCACAUUUGACAAGUUCGAUAUGUACGAACAAAAAAGUCAAAAACAAAAAACCAAAAAUAAAAAUGACAGAUCAAGAAUUUUGUGUUGUUACUCGAAAAAAAUGGCUCGCACGAAAAAGUUUAAAUAAAAAGCAACCCGUCUACCGAACAUCUUCUGAGAAUGUUUUACCCGAAGUUGAUGUUCCAAAGUUUCUCACGCGACUACAACGCGUUCGUGAAAAAAUGGAAUCUAGCGACUACUUCCAAACCAGCCUGACAACUCUCAACGAAAGUCUUCAAGAAUUUGGAAACACAAAAAUCACAAAGCUCGUUUGCUUUGGAAUUGGUCCAUUUACAAGAAGUAUUCAAGCUCUUCAUCAAUUUGGGUUCAUUUUGGAAUUACAAAAGAAUUUGCAAAUCAAAGAUGCACUCUUUUUUGAUCCAGUUUUUCGAGAAUCAGAGAAAGAAGUUCUCAAGACAUUGGAAUGUUCUCUAAUGAAGGAGAAUUGUGAAGCUAAGUUUGCCUCCGAUGUUUGUACAUUGUUUUAUUUGCCACAUUGUCCAAACUCGUUAACAAACAAUCUUCUUUGGAAGAAUUGGUUGCCAGAUAAAUUGAGUCAAGUUGUUCUCAUUAACAAUAGCUUCGAGAGUUUAACAAGUAGUUUCCCAGAUUCUGUACUAAGAAAAGAUUCUGGGUAUAUUCUUGAUGUUAAACCAUUUGUUAAAGAAUAUUCUUUGGAUGAUUGUUAUGAGGUUCAUAAUAUCUUCAAUGAUUUGUCAGUACAUGUGUUUCCAAGAAGCAUCUUGCCAGAAGAGAGUUCUGAAUUUUGGACAGUUAAAGAGGCUCCGAAAUAUGAAAAAGGAGAAAUGGUGACGACAAUUGAGUUUGAUAAAUUGGCUAUAAGUUAAGUACUUUUGAAAUUGUACAAAUUUUAUU